AUGCCCAAGGCGACGACUCCUACCGCGACUCGCGGCUCCCGCCGUCACAACCCCCUCGAGGACGAUAUUCUCGCCACCGGUAUCCUCCGCAACAAGCCUGCCAAGAAGGGCUCCAGGAACGGUGAUGAGGAUGAGGGCCAAGAUGCCUUUGUCGACUCUAAAGCGUCCAAGAAUAUUCUCCGUAUUGGUCGCGAGCUCGCUGAAGAAGACAACUUCGAGCGUGCGGGUGCCGUUGCCCCUCCUACCGUUGACAACUUUGGCUACGACUCUCGCUUCGGAGAUGUCGACGACGAACCCAAGGUCUACGGCGACGACGACGAAGCCUGGGGUGAUGAGGAGGAAGAGGUAGAGGAAAUUGAAGUUGAUCCAAAUGAUCUGGAGACAUACCGAAAAUUUAUGCCCGAUGAGGAAGACGACCUGCUCAAGCAUGGCUGGGACCGUCGUCCCACUGGCCAUGAACAAGUGGAAGAGCCUACAAACCUCGCCGACCUCAUUCUCCAAAAGAUAGCUCAACACGAGGCCCAACAAGAACGCGGCCAAGCGGCCCCUCCUCCCGACGACUAUGAGAUCCCCCCCAAGGUUGUCGAAGUGUACACCAAAAUCGGUGAAAUUCUCUCCCGCUACAAAUCCGGCCCCCUUCCCAAGCCGUUCAAAAUUCUGCCCACGAUUCCUCACUGGGAAGACAUCAUCGACAUUACCAAACCCGAGAAAUGGACGCCCAACGCAACAUACCAAGCGACUCGCAUCUUCGUCGCAGCCAAGCCCCACGUCGUUCAACGCUUCCUCGAAAUGGUCGUCCUCGAAAAGGUCCGCGAUGACAUCUAUGAGACCAAGAAGCUCAACGUCCACCUCUUCAACUCUCUCAAGAAGGGUCUCUACAAGCCCUCGGCAUUUUUCAAGGGCUUUCUCUUCCCUCUUGUCGGCAGCGGGUCCUGCACCAUCCGCGAGGCACACAUCAUCUCCGCCGUCCUCGCGAGGGUUUCCAUCCCGGUUCUCCACUCAGCCGCGGCCAUCAAGGGACUUUGCGACAUUGCCGCCCAGGAAGCUUCACAGAACAACGAGGGCGGUGGCGCGACCAACUUGUUCCUCAAGACCCUUCUCGAGAAGAAGUAUGCUCUGCCUUACCAGGCCAUUGACGCCCUUGUUUUCCACUUUCUCCGGUUUCGCAGCGUCGACCCUGCCUCGGUGCAAGAGGAUGAGGCUAUGGCUGGUGUCUCCGGCGACACACGAACCAAGCUGCCUGUCAUUUGGCAUCAGUGCCUCCUCGUAUUCGCCCAGCGAUACAAGGGCGAUAUCACAGAGGAUCAGCGUGAGGCCUUGCUAGACCUGCUUCUGACUCAUGGCCACUCUGCCAUUGGCCCUGAGGUGAGACGAGAGCUCCUCGCUGGUAGAGGUCGUGGCGUGCCGCUGGAGCCUCAGGGAGAAGCUCUCGACGGUGAUGAUACCAUGAUGAUUGAUUAA